AAUUGUAUUUAUGUGUACCUGUACCUAAAUAAAUGUACAACACCAGACGGAAGGGGGCACGAAGGAAGAGACGAGACAUGGCAGUGAGUGAGGGUGCCUGGGUAUGGGGCAGGGAGGUCGACACUAGCUAGCUAAUAUGAUGGUGGCAGUGUGUGCUGUCGCAUGGUGGAGGGUACACGUGCCAAACCUCACUUCUCACCUCUGCUACCCUAUACCCAAUACCCGCUACAUCUAUAUCCUGGCUACCACAAACAUCCGAGCAGCCACCAGCAUCCAUCACCAGGCUGGUAACACCCAUCGGGUGUAUGAUGCUGUGAACGGCACUCUUGUGUAGUGAGUGAAGGUUGUUAGUGAAGAUGCUGAGCGAGGUGGUGAGUAUCGUGGUGGUGACCUGGUUGAUCCUCAGCUCCCUGGCACCUCCUACGAGACUACUGGGUUCCUACAGCAGACCUGGAGUAUGGUUCUGGCCAAAGGUCCUUCUCUACUACCUCUUCGUCAAGCUGCGACGAUGGAUAAAUGAUAGUGGAGGUGGUGACGAGGCUGAUGGAGGGGCCACCGCCAAGUCUCUCUCCACUCCAGAGAUGAUGGAGUUUCCUCAGGAACUCUCACAACAUCCUAAGGCCUUCGACUCUGUGUACUUCAGCGCUGCCAGCCAGAAUGGACACUUCUUCGUGGCCGCCGCCGCCAGAAGACCAUGUGGGGUCUUCAAUGGUAUUCUCUACAUCAGGAUACCCAACCUGGGGCUGCUGCAGCUGCCCAGGAUGCCCGACUCACUGAUGUUCGGAGAUGAUGACCAGUUUGUCGCAGAGGGUUUGAAAAUCACACCACUCGUACCUAUGUCUACCUGGAGAUUGCAGUAUACCGGACCCAUGAAGUUGCGAGGGGAGCCACUGUCCAGGCACCGGGUGGAGCUGGACGUACAGUGGACCAUAUCGCAACUUGACAUCGACAGCGACAUGAGCGCCUGGGCCCUCGCCCGGAGUGUCGCCCGAGAGCCCUGGUCUCCUGACUACUUCAAAACCCUUAACGAUGCUCAACACACACACUACGAGCAGAUGGGCAGGCUGGAGGGAGCAGUAGUAGUGGAUGAUCAUCCCUACGUCCUCAGGCUGGAUUCCUUGAGAGAUCACAAAUAUGGUUACAAGCGCGAGUGGAAGUUGAUGCACCGGUACGGACUACAUAUGUUCACCACUGAGGACGGUCUGCAGGGCAACGUGGGCGUCAUCUGCCAGCCUGUAACCUGCUCUCAACUGGAGGUUGGUUAUGUACGAGGAGGCAGAGUGAUCCCUGUGUCCUGUGUUGAACUCCCACUCUGGCAACAUGGUGAGAACGGUCACCCACCCACUGACUACGCUUUCUUCUUUGUAGCAGGCAGUAAGGAGUACCUGGUGGAGGUGUCAGUGUUGGAAGCUCCGGAGUUCUACGUUGGCUGGGAGUGGGAGACCAGAAUAGUGGAGAGAAUGGUCACUUUCAGGAUAAAUGGAAGGAAAGGCUGGGGAGUAGCAGAGUGGAACUACAGACAUCAUGGUGGACGACCACACAUAUACACGACUCACGACCCUGCAUGGACGGCUGACCUUAUCAAAGAUGCUGUAGAAGACAGACUACCCGUCAGGUCUGAGACGGAUCCUCGAUGUGUGGUUCACUACCUCGGCCUCAAGACGCCAACAAACUCUGGGAUAAUUCUGCUCACUGACAAAAGUUACAGUAAGCUUAUAGAAUGUAAGAAGCUUCGAACCCAACUGGGAGGAGAAGAGAGUCACGCUCAGCAGUGUGAGUCCAUUCCUAGCCUCUACUAUGAUGCUAAGAGAGACGGCUUCCACAGACCUUGCUACCUGGAGUUUAUUAAAGUGAAGGCAAAUAAUAAAGCUAAGUGUGAUCAUGAAACUAACAAUGAAAAGGUACAAGAACAGUCCCAGCUUAAACGUAACCAAGAGAAUGACAUAAACAACGAAAAGGUACAAGAACAGUCCCAGCUUAAACGUAACCAAGAGAAUGACAUAAACAACGAAAAGGUACAAGAACAGUCCCAGCUUAAACGUGACCAAGGGAAUGACGUUGAAACAUUGAAGACAUCAAACACACCAGCACAGCCGCUGCGUCACGAAGAAAACUGUACAGAUGAGUCCAACAUUGAUUCCCAAGCUACAAUUAACCAGGAUGACUAUUACAAACAAAAGCGCCCUAAAUACAGGAACAAGGUAAAUAAAAAAGAUGAUUCCAUAAGAAAUCACGAAAUUUACAAGGAAAUGAGCCGUACCUACCCAUCAGUUCAUCGUCCAGAAAAAUAUCUAUUUGGCUCAUAUAUUGAAGUCCAACCAAUACUUUACCAACCAAUACAUUACCAAAAAUAUCACAACGUAAAGUCAAACAUGAAUUUCAAAACUACACAGAACUAUACAACCAGUAGUGACAUGAAGAUAAACCCAAAUUUUAAACCUACAAAACGCUACACAACUGGUAAUUAUCUGGAGACAAACAUGAAAUAUAAAAUUAGACAAGAAAACAGGACUGGUACUGAAAUGAAAAUAAACCAGAGUACCAAACGUAGACAAGACUAUAAAUCUAGUACUGCUAGAGAGUCCAACUCGAGUACCGAAUGUAUACGAGACUUUAAAACUGGUACUGAUGUGAGUAUAUACCAAGAUUUCAAACCUACACAAGACUAUACAACUGGCACUCAUGUGGAGUCAAACCCAAGACUGGAAACUAUACGAAACUAUACAACUGAGCUAAACCAGAGAUUCAAACCUGCUGAAGAUUAUGAAACUGGUAUUAACAAUGUAGAUUCUGACGUCCAGCCAACAUGCCCCAGUGAGAAAGAUUUAAAUGAUUCUGACUUCCAGCCAACAUGCCCCAGUGAGAAAGAUUUAAAUGAUUCUGACGUCCAUCCAACAUGCCCCAGUGAGAAAGAUCCAACAUGCCCCAGUGAGAAAGAUUUAAAUGAUUCUCACUUCCAGCCAACAUGCCCCAGUGAGAAAGAUUUGCAUGAUUCUCACUUCCAGCCAACAUGCCCCAGUGAGAAAGAUUUGUAUGAUUCUCACUUCCAGCCAACAUGCCCUAGCGAAAGUGAUUUAUAUGAUAUAAAUCAACAUUCUCAGCAUAUAUACAUCCAAGAGAACACUGAGGGAAAGGAUGAAAUAUCACAUGAAGACAAUAACAUGUAUGAACAAGAGAAGGAUGAAAUACAACAUGAAGACAAUAACAUGUAUGAACAAGACAAGGAUGAAAUACAACAUGAAGACAAUAACAUGUAUGAACAAGACAAGGAUGAAAUACAACAUGAAGACAAUAACAUGUAUGAACAAGACAAGGAUGAAGUUCAAACAGCAUUUUGGAAAGACAAGUUCAGGGAAUUAUAUUCUUCGCGCCAGGAAGAAAAUAAUUCUCAAGAUGCCUGCGAAGAAGAGAAUGAUGAAUCACAGUCAUCAAGGGAACAAGAAAAUGAUGAUGCCAUGGAUGGAACAUAUGAAGAAAAUGAUGAAUCAGAGUCAACAAGUGAAGAAAUGGCAGAAGAAUCACAGCUUACGAAUGAACAAGACAAUCAUGAUUCUCAGUUCACGAGAGAGCAAGAAACUGAUGAAUCGGAAUCAACAUCUCAACAAGGAAAAGAUGAUGAUUCGUACACCAGUGAAGAUAGUGAUGAAUUGCAAUUUACAUGUGUACAAGAAAACGCUCAUGAAUCACAGUCAAUACGUAAACAAGAAAACAGUGAUGAUUCGCACGUUGCUGAUUCACAAUUCAUAUGUGAAGAAGAAAGUGAUGAGUCCCAGUCCUCAAGUGAACAAGAAAAUGAUGAAUCACAAAUCACAAGUGAACAAGAAAAUGAUGAAUCACAAAUCACAAGUGAACAAGAAAAUGAUGAAUCCCAAGAUGCAAGCGAAGAAGAAAAUGAUGAUUCACAGUCAACAUCUGAAGAAAUCAACGAAGAAUCACCAGUCACAAACAAACAAGACAACUAUGACACUUACUUUGCUGGGAGAGAAAAAAACAAUGGCGACUCCUACUCCACAAGUGAUCAAGAAAAUAAUGAGGAGUUACAAACUGAACAUUCUUUCCCAGGUGAACAUGAGAACAAUGAAGAGUCACAUCACGAAACACAAUCCCCAAGUGAACAGGACCAUUAUGGGCAGUCAGACUGGCAAUCAGAAUUCAUAUGGCCCCAAGAAGAUGAUUAUAUACCACUAGACAUUCCAUUCCACUCAUCAUAUGUUCCAGAAACUGAUGAAAACGGUUACAAUGAAUUUGAGUCACUACAUGGACAAGUUAGUGAGUUUGAAGAAUCAGAUAAUUUGUUCCCAACAAGAAGUGCCCAGGAAAAUGACGAGGAACUUUACCCUCAGCUGCAGGCGACCUACAGCCCAGGAAUGGAAUCCGCAAGUGACCUAGAAAAUGAUAAAUUACAAUUCACAAGUGAACAAGAAAAUGACGAAUCACAAAUCGCAAAUGAACAAGAAAAACAUGAAUCACAAUCCAACUGUGAAGAAAAUAAUGGCGAAUUGCAUUAUACAUGUGUACAAAGAAGGAAUCACAAAAUACGGUCAGUACACGAACAAGAAAAUAUUAACGAUUGUCAGUCCCUAUGUGAACGAGAAAAUAAUUAUGACCUGCAAUCACCGUGUGAGGAAAAUAACGAAGUAUUGCAGCAUACGUGUGAACAAGAAAGAAACGAUGAAUCUAGGAAUGAAUCCCAGUUCUCGUUUAAUCAAGAAAGUGUCCCUGAAUCACAUUUCCUGCAUGAAGAAGAAAAUAACGACCCACAAUCCACAAUCGACAAAGAAAAUGUUGAAUCACAGUCAUCAUGUAAAGAAAUGAAAACCGAAUCACAGCAUACACAUGCAGAAGACAAUCAUGGCUUCCAGAUCGAGUGUGAAGAGGAAGACAAUGAAUUACAAUUAGUAUUUGAAAAGAUAGAUGACGAAUUAAAACCAAUAUUUGAACCAGUAAGUGUUGAAUUACAAUCAAUAGUUCAACAAGACAACAACAACAACUCCCACAACACUAGUGAUCAUGCAAAGACUGAGUUGCAACACGAAUACACUGAAGAACUGCAUCACGAAUCCAAACCCACAAGUGAAGAAGAUCAUUUUGGACAGUUAAGCUGCUAUUCCCAAUUCAUAAGGCAUCAAGAAAAUGAGUACCAAGCAUUAAACAUUCAUUCCAAAUCAAUACACGAUCAAGAAACCGAACAUGAAGAGUCACAGCCUCUAUCACAGGAUGAAAUCUACCACGAAGUCACUGAUGAAGGAAGUGAUCCUGUGCACCAUAUAACAAGUGACCAAGCAGCUAAGCAUGAAGAGACGGUCCCUUCAUAUACACUAACAUGUAUAAAAGUUAACAAAGAUAACUCUGAUAAUGAGUACUAUUUCUCUUCAGAAAAGGAACGAUGGUUUAUCAUCCUGUCUCUCACGUUCAGUCAAUCUCUAACAAUGAAAUUGAUAACAAAGGGUCUGACCUUCAAUCUCAGUUACUAUGGCUACAUGAAACUGAGGAUAAAAAAGUCGAGUCCUCAGUCCCAGUUCCAACACACUCAAGACAGUUACAAAGAAUCACAUCACCAAUCUCAGUCCACGUGUGACCCAGCAUUAUCCUUUGAUCAACCAGUUCCUCAGUCAAAAGGAAUUUGUAUUCUGAAAUCUGAUGAUAUAUAUUCUGAACUCAAAUCCAGAUGUGAACAAGACAGUGAUGAAUCACAUAUCACAAGAGAAAAGGAGAACGAUGAAUCAUAUGAACAAGAAAACUGUGAAUCCCAAUCCACAAAUGAACAUGAAAAUAUUAAUGAAUCACCAUCCCUGUAUGAAGACAAUGUAUUUCAAAAUUUACGUGAAGAAAAUGAUGAAAUGCAAUCAGCAUGUGAAGAAAUCACCGGCGAAUCACAAUUUACAAAUGAACAAGACAAUUGUGACUUACAGUUCAUGCAUGAACAACAAAACAACAGAGACUCUCAUAUCUUAAAUGAUGAAGAAAACACUGAGAAAAUGCAACCCGAACUGUCUUUUACAAACGCACAUGAAAACAGGGAAGAACUGCAUCACGAAUCCAAAUCCACCAGCGAACAAGACCUUCAUAGACAGUCAGGCUGCCAAUCACAGUUCACAUGGCAACAGGAAAAUGAUUACAAAGUAUUAGACAUUCCAUCCAGAUCAAUAUAUGAUCCAGAAAUGGACUUUGAAGGGUCAGACCAUCAAUCAGUGGAUCAAAAAUCCAUGCAAAUGGUUGACGAAGGUUCUGAUUCUCAGUGCCCAGCAGCGGAUUAUGAAGAGUUAGUAACUUUAUCCACAGCACUAUGUAAAAAAACAUUAAAUAAUAACACAGACCCUGUGUGCCAUUCCACCUGGGAACAAAAACAUGAGUACACAGAGUACAUAGAAUCAGAGGUUCAAUCUUUAUCACUUUGUAUUGAAGGAACAGAGUGUGAAGAACCUAAUCAUCGACUGUCAACACCAAGUACCCAAGAAAAUGACGAGGAUCUUUAUCCUGAGCUCCAGUUGACAUACAGCCUGAUAGCUGGCCAUGGGGAGCCAGGAACUAUAAUGAAAUCCAAUGAUUACAUGCCAGAGUCAACAUACCAUUUCAUAAGGGAACAAGAAAAGUGGAAUGAACCGUCAGUCCCCCAAUCUCAUGAUAUAUGUAGCCUUGAUACCAAUAACAGAGAAUCAAGUCCUCGAUCCCAGACCUCACACACUCAAGAAACUUAUACAGAAUUGCUUCACAAAACCCAAUCCCACUGUGACCCAGAAAUGUACUCUAAUCAAUCAGUUCCUUCAACAGGAUUAGUUUGUAAUGGAAAACCCAACAGAAAAUCACAUACAGAAUCCACAACUACCUGUGACCAAAACAGCAUUAUUGAGAAUGUAUAUUCUCAGACAGAAUCUGCAAGUGAGGAAGAAAAUGAAUCACAAAUCACAUUGGAACACGAAAAUGAAGGAUUACAAAACCCACACGAAAUGAAUCAAGAAUCAGAGUCAAUAUGUGACCAAGGAAAUGAACACAUGCAAUCCUCAUGCGAAGAAAAUAACUGUGAACUGCAAGCAACAUGCAGGGAAACCAAUGAAGAAUUACAGUUUACCUGUGAACUAGAGAAAAAUGAUGAAUCACAAACUGAACCUCAAUUCACAUUUGAACUUGUCAGUGAAUCUAAAUUUUUAAGUGUAAAUGAUAAUUCCAAAUCCUUAAGAGAUCAAGAAAAUGAUGACUCAUGGUCAGCAUGUGAAGCAAUCACUGGAGAAUCACAAAUCACACACGAGCAAAACACUUUUGACUCAUGGUUCAUGUGUGAUCAAGAAAAUAAUCAAUCCUCCCACCUAGCAAGUGAUCAAGAAAACAAUGAUGACUUCCACUUCGCAAGUGAUCAAGAAAACAGUGAGGAAUUGGAAACUGAUCCUUCUUUCACAGCUAAACAAGAAAAUAAAGAAUUAAAUCAUGACUAUAAACUGGCUAUUGAACAAGACCUUUGCAGACUGUCAAACUGCCAGUCCCAGUUCACAUGGCUCCAAGAAACUGAUUGGAGAGCAUCAGACACUCAGUCCAGACCAUCAUGUGAUCAAGAAACUGACUAUGAAAGGUCAAAUCCUCUAUCACUGGAUCAAAACUCCAAGGAGAGUGUUUAUGAAGGAUCUGAUGCUCAGUACCAAAUAGCCAUGACAACCCAGGUCCUGAGUGUCAUUUCUCCUGGUAUGAACAACAAGACUCUCAGCUCCAAGAAAUAUUUAGCAAUGAAAAUAGAUUCAACGAAUCAAGCGUUGCAUUCAAAUUACUUCACGAACGAGAACCUGAGUAUAAAAAAUCAAGCAAUCUGUCUAGAACAAAAAGUUUUCAAGAAAAUAAUGAGGAACUUUAUCCUCAGCUGCAGUCGACAUACAACCCAGAAGCUGAUUGUGAACCCACAAGUAUACAAAAAAUUGAUGAAUCACAAAUCACAAGUGGACAAGACAAUGAUAAAUCACAAUCUGAAUAUGAAAAAGAAAAUGAACCACAAACUUUGCAUGAAGAAAAUAAUGACGAAUCGCAUUUUACAUAUGUACAAGAAAACAGUCAAGAAUCACGGUCAAUAUGUGAACAGGAAAAUGAAUGAAAGCCAAAUCAUAUCUGAAGGAAAUACCUACAAGUUGCCAUCAGCAUGUGAAGAAUUGCAAUAUACAUGUGAACAAGAGAACAGUGAUGUAUUGCAGACUGAACCCCAGUUUAUAUUUGAGCAAGAAUGCUUUAAUGUAUCACAAUUCUCAUGUGACCAAGAAAAAUAUAAAUCCGGAUUCACAAAUGAACCUGAAAACAUUUGUGAAUCACAGUCCUUAUAUGAACAAAAUGAAUUUCUAAAUGUAUGUGAAGAAAAUGAUGAAUUACAUUUAACACGUGAAGGAAUCAACGAAGAUUUGCGAUUCACGAAUAAACAAGACAACUAUGAUUCCCAGUUCAUGAGUGAACAAGAAAACAACGAUAACUCCUACACAAGUGACGAAGAAAUCACUGAGAAAUUGCAACCUGAACCUUCUUUCACAGGUAAACAUGAAAAUAAUGAUGAACAGGAUCAUGAAUGCAGACCCACAAGUGAACAAGAUCUUGACAAACCAUCAGACUGCCAAUCCCAGUUAACAUGGCAUCAGAAAAAUUAUUAUAAAUCAUUAGACAUGCAAUCCAAAUCAAGAGAUGAACAAAAAAUCGACUAUGAAGGGUCAGAUCCUGUAUCACUGGAUCAAAACUCAAAGGAUGUUGUUCAAAAAGGAUCUGAUUCUCAGUACCAAGCAGUAGCAGACCAAGAAGCUAUUAAUAAAUAUCCAGAAACUGAGUGUGGUUUCGCCUGGGAGCCAGAACGCUGGCAUGAACAACCAGACCUUCAAUUUCAAGAAAUAUUUAGCAAUGAAAAUGGAUACAGAGAAUUAAGCCUUACAUCCCAGUCAUUUCAUGAGCAAGAAACUGAGUAUAAAGAAUCAAGUAAUCUGUCUCCAACGAGAAGCAUUCAAGAAAAGGAUGAGGCUUUGAGACAGUGGACCUACAACCCACCAGUUGAUGGUGAGGAACCAGCCACCACACUGGAAUCUGAAGAUUACGUGCAAGAUCCAACCAAACAUUCCAUAAAGGAACACGAGUACUGGUAUGCUCAGUCAGUUUCUCGAUCUCAUGAUAUGUGUAGCCUUGAAAUGAAGAGCAAAGAGUCAGUUCCUGGGUCACAAAAAUCAGACACACAUGAAAACUUCACUGAGUCACUUCAGCUACGAUCACUCUGUGACCCAGAAAUAUAUGUCGAUCAAUUGAUACCUGGAGGAGUAUCGUACCCUGAAUUCAAUUCCACAUGUAGCCAAAAGAGCAAUAAUGAAAAUAUGUAUCUUGAGAUGGAACCCACAAUCAAACACGAUGGUAUAUCACAAAUUACAGAUGAGCAAGAAUAUUAUGAAUCACGUUUAAAAUAUGAGAAAGAAAAUGAAUUGCAAACCUCAUGCGAGAUAAAUAAUGGAAAAUUGCAUUUUACAUGCGUUCUAGACAACAGUCAGGUCACGUUGGGUCAGUCAAGGUCAUUAUGUGAAGAAAAUGUUGAGAUGCAAUCCCCAAGCAAAGAAAAUGAUGAAACACACUCACCAUGUGAAGAAAUCAACGAUGAAUUAAAAUUCACAUGUGAACAAGACAUAUGUGACUUCCAGUUAGUGUGUGAACAAGAAAACAUUGACGGCACCCAGAUCAUCAGUAGUCAAGAAAACAAUGAAGACUUGCAAGUUGAACUUUCUUUCACAGAUAAACAAAAAAAUGAAGAAUUAUUUCACGAAUCCAAAUCCACAGGUGAACAAGACCAUUAUGAACAGUCUGACUGCCAGUCUCGACUCAUAUGGCAACGCGACAACGAUUGCAAAUCGUAUGAUAUACAGUCCAAAUCAAUAUAUGAUCAAGAAGAUGAUUACGAGGAGUUUAAUCGUCUAUCACAGGAUCAAAACUGCACGGGAAUUAUUCAUAAAGGCUCUUAUUCUCGGUUACAAGCAAUAUGUGAGCAAGCAGUAGCAUAUGAAGAGUCAGUACCUUCACCAACUCUAAUACGUAAAGAAGCUACAAAUGAUAAUCCAGAAAUUGAGUGCUAUUCCACCUGGGAACGAGAGUACGAGUAUGACAAUAAUUAUAAGGACUCAAGUGUUCAGUAUCUAUCACUAUAUGGACAAGAAAGUGAGUUUGAAGACUCAAAUAAUCUUUUCCCAACAAAAAAUACUCUUGUCAAUGACGAGGGACUUGAUCCUCAGCUGCAGUCGACAUUCAACACAGUAUCUGACUGUGAGGAAUCAGCCCCGACACUGAAAUCCAGUGAUUACAUACCAGAUACCAUAAGGGAAGAAGAACACUGGUUUAACCAGUUAAUUCCUCAAUCACUUGAUGUAUGUCAGCUUGAAAGGAAAAGCAGUGAAUCAAGUCCUGAAUUCCAGAUCACACAAACACAAGGAAACAAGUUAGAAUCGCUUCCCCAGUUCAGUCCCUGUGUGACCCGGGUAUAUACUGUGAUCGUUCAAUUCUCUAUCACUAGGAAUUUGUACCCAAAAACCUAAUGAAACCUAU